UUGCUAAAAAGUUUUCUGAAAGUUUCCUUCAAUAAAAGGAAAUUACGUUUGUGAGAAGUUAACCAAUCUCCACCGUUGUAGUAAUCCCAAAAAUCUGUAGAAAAUAGAAAUUGAGAUUUUCUCCCACUUGAAUCGUUCACAAACUAAGAAACAAUUAUCUCGGUCAACCAAUCUCUUCUUUAUUUUUCGUUGGUUUUCAAAAUCGGACCGUUACGGAAAAGAACUCAGAGAAGUCGUUACCGCAUGAAGAGCAUCACAGUUUAAAAAGUGUUUACACAUAUCUUUCUCUUUUAUCUGGUUUUAGGCUUCUUUACUUUUCUAGGGUUUAGGGUUCAAGUUUCGAAAAUAACAGUAUGUUUCCAUUACCAAACAUGGAAGAACCUGCCGCUAAAAAGAAGAGAUCAUCAGCGUUAUUGCCAGACUGGUCUCAGCUCCCUAAAGAGCUACUUGAGAUUAUCACCGACAAUGUGAACUGUUUCGAUAUUGUUCAUGCUCGCUCUGUUUGCACCUCGUGGCGAUCCACGUUUCCCUUUCCAUCUUGCCUUUUACGCUCCAGUUACUCUCUUCCCACUUUCGAUAAGCUCUCUCUCGAGACAAACGAAGAAGGCUCGUACAUCCUCGGGAAGAUCCCUUAUUUCCUCUUCAGAGUCCCAGCUCUUACUGCUGAGUCGCCUUCCGAGUAUUUCUUUGGAGGGAUAGGACGAGAUGAGUCAGAGGAGCUUCCAUGUUCUAUUCAGUGCUCAGUGAAGGUGAAGAUUCAAGGAUCUGACCCAACCUUCAUGAAGAUGAAUGAUUGCCAGAUCUUUCCUCUAGGCCAUCAGUACAGAAUGUUUGGUUGGGAACUUAAAGAUUACAGAGGUGUUGCGUUUCUUCCGCUCUACAAGGAAGGACGUGGAGGAGAAUUCGUUGUGCUUCUCAACUACUAUUAUGGAAAGCUAAUGGUGUUAACAAGUGUGGAAAUGAAGUGGAAACGGUUUGAGAAACUCUCAGAGACUUUAUGCUCGAAUGUGGUCACUUUCAGAGGUCGAUUUUACGUAUCUUUUCUUAGCAGAAGAACCGUUGUUGGUAUCGACCCUCAUUCGCUGGAGGUGACUGACCUGAUGCCCUUACCACAAAGUGGUUUAAACUUUCUGGUUCCAUCUGGCGACGAUGAGCUUUUCCUGGUUGAGGUAAUGGUACCGUCUGGGGACUUCGAUUUUAACCGGUUCACAUGUAACGUUAGCAGGCUAGAUGAGGAGGCUGGUAAAUGGGUCAAGGUCAGUGAUUUGGGAGACCGUGUUUUGGUUAUUGCACGCUUGGGAAAUGUCUCAUUCUCGGCUAAAGAGCUUCCUGAUGGGUGUGGUGUGAGUGGGAACUCAAUUGUGUUCACCAAUUGGCCACAAGAUGUAACAUUAUUCUAUAAAUAUGGACCAUACAAAGGAAGUGCGGAAGAGCUUCCUGAUGGGUAUGGUGUGAAUGGGAACAUCAAGACUGUUUGGAGAACCUCAAGAGAGAAUAGUGGGGUGAUCCUCAACACAUUUCCGGUUGUGGCUCUCCGGGUUGAGCGCUGAACUUGCUUUGGUUACCUAAGACAUUCUCUUGCUUUUGUUUUUUUUUUCAUAUCUUAAACAAACUUAUCUUUGAGUUUAGGUUUAGGUUAUGUGAUCUCUGAUGUUAGCCAUUCUUCUGGAUUGUGUAUCUUGUGACAUGGUGAUAUGGUUAAGAUAACACAAGUCGUCUUAAUAAAAAAAAGAUGUUUCAAAACUAUUCCUCACAACCUUGUUGUUACCACACAGACAGCUUUGUUUAUGGAAAUAAUUAAUCGUCUCAUGAAGUCUUUCAAACGUGUCUGGCAGUGUUCUUGGCCUGGUCAUGUGUUUGAAAAACAUCAGUUUUAGUCCCAAAUCGUAUGAAAACCUUGAACUCCAUGUACUCGAUCAGCAGCAGAUGCACAAUGGUGGAUUGUUUGGACUUCCGAGCCACCUUCAUGGCUACAACAAACAUGUAAUAAUUUACAUUGCAUUAUCGUAAGAUGUGUCAUGUCUAUCUCUUGAUUUAUGCCUUGGACUUGGAGACUAAAGUUAAGCACACAAAACUAAAGUUAAAGACAAGUUUGGUAUGUUUGAGAUUCUGUUUUCGUUACAUUUGUACGUAUAGUAAAUUUGACAUUUAGGCGGCUGUGAUUCAGCUCAACUUUCAAGAAAUAAACAAGUGGAGAGGAAGAAAAAUCAAUAAACUGAAGCAUUGUAUUCGUCACAAAAAGAGUGAUGAUCAGAACAACACACUAAUAAAAUAAUCGGCUAUAGCCAUGGUUUUUCGUGGCUAUAAGCCAAAUUUCGUGGUUGUAAGCCAAUUUUUUUGUUGUAUGAACUAAAAGCCACAAAAAGAAAAUGUGGGGUUAUACGUUCAUACCAAUUUCAAAUUGUAUCUUAAUGUGGCUGAAAGCUCUGAUUUUGCCACGACAUGUUAGUGGUUAAAUAUGCUACGUUUUGUCAUGAAUAUUAGAUAUAUAAGAGCAUCAUUAGUGGUAGAUACCUUCUUAUUAGUACCUGAUGUAUAUAAUAAUUAUAUCAUUUAUUUUUGUAAUUAAAAUUCAAAACAAAAGAAAACUAAGAGCAAGAGCAUUGGAGGUUCAAGGGGGAGGUUCACACGUUUUACGAAAAAAAAAAAUAUUAAAAAAAGCAAAAGUGAUGAACUCACCCCUUCUCACCUCUUCUGCAUGAUACCCUCUCUCCUAAAGUUCAUCACUGUAGCGCGGGCCCCACGACAUGUGGCAGCCCGCGAUUGGUCAAUUUUUUUUUUUUUUUAAAAAAAAAAAAAAAUCAAAAUGAAAAAAAUAAAAAAUUUAAUAAUAAAAAAUUAAGAAGAUAAACCCCAAAGGGGGGUUCACUGAUGCUCAUGCUCUAAGUUAAUAAGAAAUAAACACGUUGGCUUAAGUUUCUCAACUGUCAGAAAGUUAAUUUUUAUUCUCUUUCUACAUUUCGUACUCGAUUUUAUUAUUAUAAUAAUUGUGAGAGAUUGGAUCAGAGCCUGCCUCUGCCCAUGUUCUAAGGGCAACAUCAUCUGUCAAGAGACCACAAGAGUUUUUUCUCUACUAUAAUACUAUUAUGUUUUAUACAGUUUAAUUAUCUAAUUAAUUUUUAAAUCAAAAACAAAAUUGAACAAAUAAUAAAAUGAUAAGUGUUUAAAUGGUCUCUCACAAGCAUAUAUAUUGCUUAAGAAACUGUCUUAGAUACUACCACUACUAGUGCUCUAAGAACAUGCGCGAGAUACCUAAGCAAGUGCCUAAUGAAUAUAAAAUUCAGAAAAAAAAAACAAAAAGUGGAGGAAAAUGGAGAGAGAAACAAAGAGUCGAUUGUUCCCGGAGAGACUUCAACAAAUGCUUGAGAGACUUUUAGAAUACAUGGCAUCUUCUUAGUAAACAAUUAUUGCAUUAGUUAUAUUUUUAGUGAUUAUUGGCAUUUGUUUAAUAAAAUACUCAUUAAAAAAACUCAUUAUCGACUCUAACUAUUGUGGAUGGCCUAAGAGAUGAUUCAACUUAAGAAUCACAGAUGAAAAAAUUGCAUGUUAAUGUUUUAUUUUAAAAAGAAAGAUUUUGAAACUAUUGGGUUACAGAGUUUUAAAGUUUUGAAAUACCCAACUAAUAUUUAAUAAUUAUUUUUAUUUUACUAUUUUAAGAACUUUCUUUACAUCUUUGGGAUGAAGUGCUCUAAACGAGGUCAACAGAAACUCAUAAACCUAUUAAAUAAUAUCACCGUAUCCGUACAUACCAACGGAUAGUCCAUUAAUUCCCAUCCUUAAGCACAUUCAUCUCAAAAAAAGAGGAAACAAAAACUUCAAUACUUUUGGUAAACGAAAGGUAGAACGAUGAAGAGAAACAAGAGCCUUUUGGUCUUCUUCAUAUCUAUCUUCAUCUUGGUGGAACUUAGCAGAGGGCAGAACAAUAGGAAAACCGAAGUCAAUGUGGGUGUUGUAACAGAUGUCGGAACAGUGCUCUCGGACAUUGAAAU